AUGGUUGCAAUAACACAACUGCACAAAAUGAUCAAAAUUGAUUAAAUGAAUAUUUUAUGUUUCAUUUAUGUGGUCUGAAGAAAGUACUGAAAAGAACUUUUAUUUUUUCCUUUGAAAGAUAUGUUUUUUUACUUAACAUGAAAUUUUCCAAUGUUAAAAUAGGCCAUUUUAAUUUUUAGUAAGGUAUAUAGUUGUCAUGAUUAAUGUUAUAUCUUACAUGUAGAAAAUGAGUAAACAAUGCGUUGAUGAAGAAGAAUUAUUGGAACUUCGCAUCCAAGCACUAAAAUCUACAUCAAGGGUUGGCAAAUCACCAAAGACUUUGAAAAGAAGGACGAUAUCUUCGGUUAAACAUGACCAUGUUAAAGAAUCUGAUAAAAGAAAAGGUCAUCAACCAGAACAAGGUAAACAGUUGUUGAAAAAUAAAGAUGCAAGGGCUAGUGAAUCUACUCAAGAUGAAGCAAAUACUAAAAGCCUGGAGAAAGUUACCAUUUCAGAAAGGUUAACUGCUACUGAAGUUAUUAAUCCACCUGCUACUGGAAAAUUAUUGAAAGAUAGUGAUCAAGAGCUUAAAUUAAGAGAACAAGCACUGAAGUCACUCCUGCAGAAAAGAGUUGUCAAAACGGGUGAACUACUGAGAAAGAAUUCAGAACUGGUACAACAUCAAAAAGUUACAUCGACAUCAAAGAUAAUAGAACAAAAGCAAAGUUUGCUUGUUCAGAAGCCACGCAUGAAGAGAGAGAAUCAAAAAUUAGUAAAAAUUAGCGAAUUGAAAAAUGAAGGAAAUGUAGGUGGUGAUAACUCUAGGGAUUGUAAUACUGAAAUUGAAGAUCCAUGCAUUUCUAUUGAAAUGCACAGAUUUCCAAAACACAUCUCAAUAGGAUCUGAUGACGAACUGUCAUUGUGCGCAUCUGAUACAGAUGAAAGGUACACAAAGUUAGACAACACCUCUCCGAUGGAACACCCAAAGUUAAAAAGUUCUUCCAGUGAUACAAGCAUACAAGUUGAACCCACAAACCCUCUUGUCACAAUAUGCAUUGAGAAAAUAUCAGGAAAACAAAAUGAAACUCCCCAGGACGUUGACACAUUACAUUCAAACAAAGUUUUAUCCAAUAUUCAAUGCAAUGUAAUCAGCUGUUCUCAAGUAAACGUUAGUGUUAAUGAACAAAAUAGUGUCAAGAAGUAUGAGUCUGUAUGUUGCAGUUCAAUAUCAAAUGACCACAAUAAGAGUUUAGAACAUUCAAACAUUAAUUCAUGUUUAUUAGAGGAUUAUUCUACGAAGCUCUUAAUGGAGAAAGAAGAUGCAGAUGCUGUAGACAUGGUUAAGUCAAAUUCAUCAGAUGAUUGUUCAACUGAAUUUGCUGAGUCGAAGGAGAAUAACAAUAAUAAUGGUAAUGUUUCUGUCGCAGAAGAAAGAACAAGCAGUGAUAAUACAGGAAUAAUAGAAGAGGCUUUCCGAAAAAAAGUUGAACAUUAUGAACAAGUUCAUAGCCACAAAGUUGCAAUUGAAAAUAAUUUGCAGCAAAUUGAAGAGAAGACUGCAAAAGACUUAAUAAAUGAUGAGGAACCAGGUCCUAGUGGAUAUGUAAAACCGCAUUCGAUUAUUGAACAUUCAUCAGACUCUGAUGAUUCGGUUGUUAUUUUAUCUCCACCAAAACAACCCUCUCCAAUUGUUAUUGAGUUAAGUGACACUGAUCACUUUGAUGAAGAAAGCAAGUCUGGCAAACAAAAACGCAAAAGGUGUCGAGUAACAUCAGUGAAAGAUGCCUUGCAUAAGAAAACAAUGCCCCAUGGAACAAGAGAGGAUCUUAAAGAUUUGAACUGCUCAGUAUGCUUGGGACCAUUUGAGAAUCGAUCAUUUCUUGAUCAGUGUUUUCAUUCGUUUUGCUAUGUAUGUAUUAUCCAGUGGUCAGAAUUGUCUCGUCUUUGUCCAUUAUGUAAAAGCAAGUACAAUGCACUUAUUCACAGUGUGACUAAAGAACUUGAAUAUCAACAGUAUGUGUUUCCAAAAGAAGAGAAAGAGAUUUCGCAAAAAGAUGAGCACAGGAGAGAGUAUAAUGAAAAUUUGCCCGAUGGAAGAAGAUUUCGAUACCGUAGUACAAUUGUGGACCAUGAAAGAUGGGCGUUGCGAAGAUCUGAGAGAGAAAAGGCGGAGAGAGAAAGGGCGCAAACAAGACAACAGAGGAAAAUGAGUCGAAGGUUAAAAUGGUCGGCAACCAAAGACAGAAGAAAGGCUGUUUACAGAUUAAAUAUGUUUGUUAAAGAAGUGAAACAGAGAGGGAAGCCAAAAUUAAGAGACAUCCGACCAGAAUUUUUCUCCGAUAAUCCAGCCAUGAAGCAUCGUUUGGUACCGUGGUUGCUACGCGACUUGAAUGUCUUACUUGGCGAUGACGAUGAAAACAUUCGCUUCGUUAUGAGUUUAAUACUCAACAUCAUACCGAAAGUAAGCAUGGAAAGCGAGGAGUUUAAACAGCAAGUGCAACCAUUUCUUUUCAACGAGACAAAUCAUUUUGUUGCAGAACUGAUCAGUUUUGCAAGUUCUCCUUAUGACAUCAAAGGUUACGAUGACAAUGUUGUGUAUGAUGUGCCAACCCAGGCAGUACCAACACGUCCAUCAAGUUGUGUCACUGAUGUUGUGACUGUACCAGAUGAGCCAGCCGACCCAGUUCGGGAUAGGCUAUUACAUGAAGUUUUUAUUGGCAGUGAAGAUGUUGUCCCCUUAAACGAUCUCCAUAUGGAAGCAUCUCCCCCUCAGAGUGGAAAUAAUACUGAAGAGCCACCUGAAGAAGUCGAAUCUGAUGAAGAACUCGCUAUCCAGCCGAGAAGACAUGAAAGUGUUUUGAACAAAACAGUGACCGAACUGGCUUCUACAAGAAAGAAGGAAAUCCCCGCUGGUGAAUCAAGUAAUGAUGAGGGUGAAGAUGCACUGAAUGAAGUGAAGGUGAAGAAACAGAAGAAGCGACGUCGCCAUGGAGAACACAAGUUGAACCACAACGAAAAAAACACAAGCGGAGAAGGGAGUAGUGACGAAGAAAAUGGGUGUGUUCGAAUACGAGAUAAAAAAGAAAAAAAAAAGAAAAAACAUAAACAUAAGAAGCGAAAGUUAUCAGAUCGUGACGAAAAGUCGAAAUCGUCGCGACGAAAAAAGGCGACGAAAAACGACCGAGAAAAUACCGAGCGCAGCUUCAUCGAAUUAGAAGACGACAAAUCUCUACCGAGGAAAAGAAAAGGUGAACAUGAUGAAUACGAAGAAAAGAAGAAAUUGAAACGUCAACACAAACAUUCUUCCAAACACAAGAAGAAGAGAAAACACAAAGAAAAACGUAAACGAAAAAAGAUCAAACGAGAAAAGUCUUCUGAUACUUCGUCGUCUGAGGAGGAAUUAUCGACCAAGAAGGAGAGUGGAAACAAAAAUAGACAUUCAUCAGUGAAAGAAAAAAGGUCUCCAGAUAUGAAGAAAAAAAGCUCAAAAGAUAAAAUCGAUAAAAUCGAUUCUAGAGCUGGUUUGAUAAAAGAUGGAGCGGCGUUUAAGACGCGAGAAGAAGUUCUGGAGGAACUUUUACUAAUUGAGAAAGCUAUUACAAAAAGACAACAAAAGAAAACAAAGUUAAAAACUCAUCAGGCGACAAACUCUAUGAAAGCUGCCGCCGACAGCACUGUUACGACGUGCGACGAAGGCGAGUGUGUGCCACGUGGCGGAAAUAAUAAAGGAGAGGAAACAUACGGAGAUUUGGUAAAAGAACUACAAGAUAUUGAAAGUAGAAUCAACAUGUGUCGUGGGUCAUUACUAACGAAACCGAAUCAUGUGAAGAAUUGAAGACCUGUUUGGAUUUUUUUUGACAAGAACAAGGUCAGCUUGUUAAUUUUUAGAUUUUUUUUAAAAAAAGUAAGAGUAUUAAUGAUUUUUACAUAUUGUUAAAAUUUAA